UUAAGGUUUACUUUUAGAUACUUUAAUUUGUGCUCCUUAUAUGUUCUUGCGGAACAAAAAGACACUUUCACAGUCGCUCUCCUUCUCAACAUGUCGAAGCAAACAUACAGAGUGUGCUUGUGUUUCCGGCGACAGUUCAAACUCCGGGAGGGUGGACCUCCGGUGGACAUCAAGGAACUGUUCAGUCAUUAUUCUGAGAACCGGGUGAUGACUCCGGAGCAUUUGCACCGGUUCAUGGUGGAGGUACAAGGAGAUGAUAAGGUGACUAAGGAGGAGGCGGAGGCUGCCGUGGAUGCUAUGAUCAAAGAGCUGAAACACCAUCCAAUCUUUCACCGGAGAGUUCUGAAUCUUGACACCUUCUUCCGGUACCUCUUCAGUGACUUGAAUCCUCCUCUACCUUUUCCUCCCAAGGUGAUGAAAGAUAUGGAGGCUCCAUUGUCGCAUUAUUUUGUAUACACAGGCCACAAUUCAUAUCUAACCGGGAACCAAAUAAGCAGCAAUUGUAGCGUUGUGCCGAUCAUUGAAGCCCUAAAGAGUGGUGUUCGUGUCAUUGAACUUGACAUGUGGCCCAGUUCCAGUAAAGAUGAUAUCGAUAUCGUCCAUGGAGGGUAACCAUUUUUAUAUUUCUUACAUCAAACUUAUACUAUGUUUUAAUUAACGCAGAAUUUGG